UUCAUUCUGCACCCGGCUUCUCAUAGCAGACAGCAUGCUGUGGGUCCUGUCAGCCCUGUUGGUGCUGUUUGGCUGCUUUGACGUGUGGUACUUCCUGAGGGGGGCAUGGGUCGUAAUAAAAUGUGCACUCCAGGAACCGGUCAGAGAUGUGCUGGCUGAGCAGGUCAUCCAUAGCCGAGUGCUUCCGCAGGACCUGGACUUCAUGGGCCACAUGAACAACGCCCGUUACCUGAGGGAGUGCGAUAUGGGCAGGGUUGCCUUCUACACCCGCAACGGGAUCUUCAAGGCCUCCCGUGUGCUGAAGGCCACAAUGGUCAUUGGAGCCUCGACCAUCCGCUACCGGCGCUCACUCGCAUUUGGGGAGGCCUUUGAGCUGCGUACCCGCAUCGUCGCCUGGGAUGAAAAGUCCUUCUAUGUGGAGCAGAGAUUCGUCUCCAAAUCAGACGGCUUCAUCUCUGCAGUGAUGCUGUGCAGGCAAAACGUCCUUCGUAGCUCUCCAGACAAGAUUUUGGAGUUCCUCUGCAAGAGAAAGGUGGAAUGCCCUGAUAUCCCAGAGGACCUUCAGCAGUGGAUCAAGUUCAUCUCAGCUAGCAGUCAGGCACUGAGAGCAGAGAGUGGAUUGGAGGACAAGACCAAGUGAUUUCAGAUAGGGACCAUAUAUUCUUUAUCAAGCACAUUUGCCCUAGUUCUUAUUUAUGUGAUGUGAGAUACCUUAAAAGAACAUAUAAUCUUGAAAAAAAAGGCAUUUCUAGUUCUGAAUGUGUACACCCAGCUUAAAAUGUAGAGUCGUCCAUUCGCCCAUGCAUAUCUAAAACCUGUACCUGAUAUUUAUAGAGUGCGUAUUAUAACUUUAUGUAGAAAAACGGUACCUUAAAGCACUUUGAGGUCUUUGCAUUCAACUUGAUUUUCGUUACUUAUACAACCAUGUUUUCACAUAAAUUGGAACACUGUGGAGAAUGUGGAUAAAAAUAGAAUGUAAUGCUGUGAAAAUAGUACAAAGACAACAUAUCAAAUUGUAAAAAAUACGCCUUUUUUAAAUCUGAUGCCAGCAACACAUUUAAAAAUGUUGGGAUGGGAGAAAAAAGGUUGGUAAAGUUGUUUCAUGCUAAAAUAAAACCUGGCGAUUAAUUGGGAACAGGUCAGUAAUAAGAUUGGGUAUAAAAAGAGCCUCUCAGAGUCUUUCAGAAGUAAAGAUGAGGACGGGUUUACCAUUCUAUGAAAGACCGUGCAGGUUAAUAGUGCCACAAUUCAAGAAUAAUGUUUCUCAGUGUAAAAUAGCAAAGAAAUUGGGGAUUUCAUCAUCUACAGUACAGAAUAUCAUUAAAAGAUUCA